GAUUCCAUACUUUUUUUCUUCAAAUUUUGCUUCUCUUGGUCCUUUAGCUUUUGGUUUGUGAAUCAUGGAUCGUGCUCUGCUUGGUUUGUGAGUCCAGCUCCAGCAUAUCUGAGCUGAAUUCGGAGUUAGCAAUGGAGCAGCCAGAAGAGGGUCAUCAAGCCCAACAGGGAAUGAUGGAUUAUGUACCUCCUCCUCAUACUUACCAGAGUAACGCGGCGUCACAUAUGGCAUUCCAACAAGCUCACCACAACCACCAGCUUCAGAUGUUCUGGGCUAACCAAAUGCAAGAGAUCGAGCAGACCACUGACUUCAAGAACCACACCCUUCCCCUCGCCCGCAUCAAGAAGAUCAUGAAAGCUGAUGAAGAUGUGAGGAUGAUCUCAGCGGAGGCUCCUGUGAUUUUCGCCAAGGCCUGUGAGAUGUUCAUACUCGAGCUCACGCUGCGUGCUUGGAUCCACACCGAGGAGAACAAGAGGAGGACCUUGCAGAAGAACGACAUUGCCGCUGCCAUUUCCAGGACCGACGUGUUUGAUUUCUUAGUUGACAUAAUCCCCAGGGACGAGCUCAAAGAAGAAGGCUUAGGGGUGACAAAAGGGACCGUCCCAUCUCUGGUGGGUUCUCCACCAUACUAUUACUUGCAGCAACAGGGGAUGAUCCCCCACUGGCCCCAGGAGCAACACCAUGAUGACUCUUAGAAAACUUUUCUUCUUUCGUUUGCUUGUAUCGUAGAAUGGUUAGCUCUGCUCUGCUGCCAACCAUUACUACUGUGUUCUGUAAUGACAUAUUAUUAAUUUCCCGGGGAUGUUCUACUGUCGUCUAUAUCUAAUUAUCUAUGGCAAUGCAAUUUCUCUUCAGGACUUCAA